GCGGGUGGGGGGGGUGAGAGCGCGCGCGUGUGUGUGUGGAAAGGGGCGGGGCGCGGGGCGCGCCUGCGCAGUGUGGCCGCCUCGGCGCUGCGGCAGUUGUGCGGGGUACUUCUUCCGAGCGCGGCAGGAGAAUUAAAUAAGCAUUUAAAGAUGACAACCUCAUGGAGCGACCGACUCCAGAAUGCAGCAGAUCUCCCUGCAAACAUGGAUGGGCAUGCUCUGAAAAAGUACCGCCGGGAAGCCUAUCACCGGGUCUUUGUAAACAGAAGUUUAGCCAUGGAAAAGAUAAAGUGCUUUGGUUUUGAUAUGGAUUAUACACUUGCUGUGUAUAAAUCCCCUGAAUACGAAUCUCUUGGAUUUGACCUGACCGUAGAAAGAUUAGUUUCCAUUGGAUACCCUCAUGAGCUGCUCAAUUUUGUGUAUGAUCCUGCAUUCCCUACCAGAGGUCUGGUGUUUGAUACCCACUAUGGAAACCUGUUGAAAGUUGAUGCCUAUGGGAACCUCCUAGUGUGUGCACAUGGCUUUAAUUUCCUCAGAGGGCCAGAAACACGGGAUCAAUACCCAAAUAAAUUUAUCCAGAGGGAUGACACAGACAGAUUUUACAUUCUGAACACAUUGUUCAAUUUACCGGAGACCUACCUGUUGGCUUGCCUAGUAGAUUUCUUUACUAACUGUGACAGGUACACUAGCUGUGAAACAGGGUUCAAAGAUGGAGACCUCUUCAUGUCCUUCAGGAGUAUGUUCCAGGAUGUCAGAGAUGCUGUUGACUGGGUUCAUUACAAGGGAUCGCUCAAGGAAAAGACCCUUGAGAAUCUGGAAAAGUAUGUGGUGAAAGAUGGGAAGCUGCCUCUGCUGCUCAGCCGCAUGAAUGAAGUUGGCAAGGUGUUCCUCGUCACAAACAGUGACUACAAAUACACAGAUAAAAUUAUGACUUACUUGUUUGACUUUCCACAUGGACCAAAGCCUGGGAGCGCCCAUCGACCAUGGCAGUCCUAUUUCGACCUGAUCCUGGUGGAUGCACGAAAACCCCUCUUCUUUGGGGAAGGCACCGUGUUGCGGCAAGUGGACACGGUGACCGGCAAGCUGAAGAUUGGUACCUACACUGGCCCGCUGCAGCAUGGCAUCGUGUACUCUGGAGGCUCCUCGGACACAGUCUGUGACCUGCUGGGGGCCAAAGGCAAAGACAUUCUCUACAUUGGAGACCACAUCUUUGGAGAUAUCCUCAAAUCCAAGAAGCGCCAGGGCUGGAGGACCUUUCUGGUGAUCCCCGAGCUGGCCCAGGAGCUGCACGUCUGGACUGACAAAAGCGCCCUUUUUGAAGAGCUGCAGAGUCUGGACAUUUUCUUGGCUGAGCUAUACAAGCAUCUGGACAGUAGCAGCAAUGAACGCCCCGACAUCAGCUCCAUCCAGAGACGCAUUAAGAAAGUGACCCACGACAUGGACAUGUGCUAUGGGAUGAUGGGGAGCCUCUUCCGCAGUGGCUCGCGACAGACCCUGUUUGCCAGCCAGGUGAUGCGCUAUGCCGAUCUCUAUGCAGCCUCUUUCAUCAACCUCCUCUACUACCCCUUCAGCUACCUCUUCAGAGCCGCCCACGUCCUGAUGCCACAUGAGUCCACGGUAGAGCACACACACGUUGACAUCAACGAGAAGGAGUCGCCAAUGGCCACGCGCAAUCGCACCUCCGUGGAUUUUAAAGAUUCUGACUACAAACGGCAUCAACUGACCCGCUCCAUCAGCGAGAUCAAACCGCCCAACCUCUUCCCCCAGGCACCUCAGGAAAUCACGCAUUGCCAUGAUGAAGAUGACGAUGAGGAAGAGGAGGAAGAGGAGGAGGAGGAGGAGGAGGAGGAGGAGGAGGAAGAAUAAGAAGGAAAAAGCAAAACAUCUCUGAAGACAAACCAUGACUCUAGCUGCGAUCAGGAGUGGAUUCCUUUGUUGGGGCCCUUGGGGUGAUGGGUUGGGGGGGUGUGAUUCUUGCAAAGGCACAUUUUGAAAGUGUCCAGAAACUUUUAACAAAUUAACACUAAUCAGGAGGAGACCCUUGUUUUCAGUUUUGCAGACGGUUCAGAAAGCCAAUGGGUUCUGCCCAGGUGGUGCAUUCAGCUAUGGAUUGCAUACCUGUGCUGUAAUGCUGCUCCCGUUACAUUUGGGGAUGCUGCAUGUUUUUCCUUUCCCAUGAUGUGUUUCAUUUGGUUUUCAUUUGAACAGUGUCCUGUGAACGGUUUUUGCCCUUUGUUACAUUCACUGUGAAGGAGGAAGGGAUGUGCUAGGCCCCGCGGGAGACAAAACGAUCCAAAUCCUCCUCCUGCCAGUUGGGUUGCUGCCCUUAACCUUCUGUUUCUGGAAUACAAAUGCUUCCCAUGUUAGCCAGGGAGUUGCUGUGGCUUCUAGCACUGAGUUUACCCCCUGCUUGGCAUGAGUUUCUCCUUGUAAGUGGUUCGAUUCCUCUGGCCAACUCAGACGGCGGUGGGAGUCUAGCUCUUACUUGCAUAUUUGCAGUUGUACAUGUUUCAGCUUGUAGACGCUUGUUGUCCUUUUCCAGUGUGUCAAAGCUUUCUUUCAUCACUGGCAUGCGAUGCAUGAUUUCCAGAACAUUUCUCAAACAGCUGAUGCGCCUACUGUGUUCUCAACUCCUUCUGUAGUUUCAACAGUAAAUAUUAACGCAGGAGCUUGAAGCCACUGCUUUAGUGUUAUGUUAGUUGGUUGGUUUUCCUCGCUGCCUGUUACUGACCUUUCUGUCUGCUCAGCUUUAAGAAAGUGAAGACAACACCAGCCAGCCCCUGGAACGAGAGGGCCUGUUUUCCACGGUGCUCUGGGCCACACCUGUAGGCCUCAAACUGGGAAACAGCCGGUGCCACAGGGCCAGCCCCACCGUGCUACCUGCGAAAUGCUGGCCCAGCUGGCAGCUGCCCUCCUCUUCCACCUGGCGCCGGGGCUGGCAGAGGCUCAUGGGGUGAGGCUGCGUCUCCUGGCUGAGGAGGGUGAUGUCCGCAGGCUGCUGUGCCGGGACCGGCGGCAGCCGAGGCUGUCCCUCCGCGUCAGCAGGGCUGGCCUGCCUCCACUGUCCUGCCUGCAGUGCCGGUGCCUGCCUGCAGGUCUCCCUGCGGUGCCAGCCUGGAAGUGCUCUUGAGUGUUGCCAGCCGGGAAAGAUGCAGCUGUGGCAACAGCGCUGGGCGGUUUUCCUCCCUGUCGUGAGUGCAGUGUCCCUUGCUCCAACUUGUGCCGUUCGCAGGUGAAGGGGGGGGGCCGCCUUGUCGCAAAUUCGACUGUAGUUUCAGUUCCAUAAAUGCAUUUAAUUUUUUUCCCAUUUUUAAAGUUCCUUAGAAGAAGAAGAAAAAAAAAAAAAAAAAAAAAACCAACCACCAACAUCUGAGCAGGAAACUGCUGCCAAAGUGGCAGUUGUACAAGUCAAUAAAUCAUGAUGUUUCUAAUAA